AUGUCUCUCCCCGAGGGAACACCUCCCUCAACCGUAUUGCCACCUCAAAAGUCUGGUGCGCGAGCCGCGCUCGAGUACACGGGCAUCCCCCCAUCAUGGUUUGAAAAGCGCCCUCGCUUGCCCUCGCGCAACUGGCUCAUCUUCAUCGGUGUCACGUCGACCGUCAUCGGCUUCUACGUCCACGACCGUCGUGAGUGUAAACGCAUUCGCGAAGAGUAUGCGAGCCGCGUCAGACAUCUCGCAGACGAGCCUCUCCAUAGCUUGGAAUUUGCGCGUAAAGUCACUGUGUAUGGUGCGAAGUGGCCGGGAGACGACGAUUGGGAUCGAAGCACCCGGUACUUUAGGAAGUACGUUAAGCCCAUCUUUGUCGCUGCUGCAGUCGACUUCGAGAUCAUAGCUGGAAAACGACACGGGGAUCUGGCUACGCGCAUCGCGGAGGAUAUCAAACAACAACGUCGUAUCUCCCUAGGCUUAGAAAGUCCAAAUGUCCCCGGGGUGCCGCUUCCGACGCAGCAAACGCCCGAGGAGAAACAACGCCGCCUAUUCGCUGGCGGUACCGUCCUUGUCGGUCGACCUGCGUUCAAGGAGUACAUGGCGGGCUUGCGACGAGGGUGGACAGAAGGGCUACAGAAAGUCGAUCGCGAGGAGAGUUUAGCUCAAGAGUUAGAAAGUGAUGGGCGGUUUGACGAGCCCGAGGAGACUCAAAAUCAUAUCCACUCUGAAGACGUAGACAACGAGCCGCUCCCUACCCCCUCCCGUCUUCCCCCGUCCCGACCAGGCGUAUUCUCCCCUCUGUCUAUGCGUGCACCUCCCCCACGCUCUCCUAUCCCAGAAAAGACACAGAGCACGGGCGCAGACGUGCCUCCUCCUGCACGCAUCCCCCCUCAGCCUCCACUGCUCCUAGUCCCCUUCGUCAAUCACAUCGGGCUUUCACAAAUUCCCUACAUGAUUAUCGACUUCUUCAAUGAACGAGCACAAGUCAAAGCCGGCGCCGAGGCUGCGUAUCGACUGGUCAUGAACGAGACGCGCCCGUUCAUCGGUCCACCUUCCGAGCCAUCCCAGGCUGAAUCCUCCUCAGUUUCUGCCUCUCCCUCGAUGACGAACACCGACUUGGCCUUCGAUACAAAAGCCGAACUAUUCUAUAAAUCUUCUACGUCCAAACUACCGUCUGAGACCCAGAAAGUCAGGGAUGAUUACUACAAAUCUCUCCCGGCCAAACUAGACACCGCACGGCAACUCGCUCGGCGCGAGCGUGAGCCUACAUCUGACGAAGUUGCCGCUCCUCCACCUACGGAAGUGGAACUUCGGGCAGAAAGGCUGAACAAAGAGUUGCGAUGGAGAGGGGACGAGAAAGGAUGGGAUAUCAUACGUCCCGACGCGCCCGUAGACUGGGAUUCGAGAAUGGAAGGAGCUCUGAGUGUGUUUGUUGACCCGCAGGAUGGGCAUUCGAACGAAGUGCUCAAGGAAUGAAGUGCACUACACUCAAUUGGAUCAAACUACAUACACCUUCUAUCUUACAGCCACCAUUCUGUGCUACACAGUGCAUCGUGAUAAUGAUCCCGAAUGUCCUGUGUUUACAUUCAGUCUCCUCCACUUCCUUCGUAAUCAACGAUCUUGACAGCCCCACUGUCUAUCC